ACAUCAUGCACUGCACUCCACGCACAGGACAAGACUGUCUCCCCGUUUAUCUCUCUUCUCUCUCUUCUCUCUCCACAUCCACCACCCGUCCAUUUACAUUCACAUUCACAUUCACCCCUUCUCUUUCACCCUUCCAUAUUUCUAUUCUAUACGUUUUUCUUCCUCUCUUCUUAUUCCACACUCUCUGUAUGUCUCUGAAGAUCUGUCUAGGAGUGGAGCUUGAUUUGAUUAUUGGUGUCAAGGAAUAGGACUGCAUUCUUCACACUAAGUUAGUCUGAUUUUUCAAAUGCUAAAUUUGGUUAGGUCUAGAACUCAAGCAAGGACAACCAGACCUACAACAAUGGGAAGCAUGGAAUACGCGGAUCCAAAAAAGAAGGGCAAUUUUGUUGGAAAGAUUUUUCUUGCUGCUGCACUAACGUCGCUAUGUAUUAUCAUGAUCAAGCGAUCUCCGUCUUUGAAAUCCCCUAGUCCGUUUGCCUUCCACGAACCUGGGGUCACUCACGUUUUAGUAACAGGGGGUGCAGGCUAUAUUGGCUCGCAUGCUGCUUUCCGUCUUCUGAAGGAUAACUACCGUGUCACCAUAGUAGACAAUCUGUCACGAGGAAACUUGGGUGCUGUCAGGGUUCUUCAAGAUCUAUUUCCAGAACCCGGAAGGCUUCAAUUUAUAUACGCUGACUUGGGAGAUAAAAAAUCGGUUAAUAAGAUAUUUUUGGAGAAUAAAUUUGAUGCCGUGAUGCACUUUGCUGCUGUUGCAUACGUAGGGGAAAGCACUGUGGAUCCUCUUAAGUAUUAUCAUAAUAUAACUUCAAAUACAUUGUUGGUAUUGGAAUCUAUGGCUAAGCAUGAUGUGAAGACAUUGAUAUAUUCUAGUACAUGUGCAACAUAUGGGGAACCUGAAAAGAUGCCUAUUACAGAAGUAACACCGCAGGUUCCAAUUAAUCCAUAUGGUAAAGCCAAGAAGAUGGCAGAGGAUAUCAUCCUUGACUUUUCUAAAAAUUCCGACAUGGCAGUUAUGAUUCUCAGAUACUUCAAUGUGAUUGGAUCUGACCCUGAAGGAAGAUUGGGUGAGGCUCCAAGACCUGAAUUGCGAGAGCAAGGUCGAAUAUCCGGCGCCUGCUUUGAUGCGGCUCGUGGUAUUAUUCCUGGAUUAAAGGUUAGAGGAACAGACUAUAAGACAAGUGAUGGAACUUGCAUACGAGAUUAUAUUGAUGUAACAGAUCUGGUUGAUGCUCACGUGAAAGCUCUUGAAAAGGCAGUGCCAGCUAAGGUUGGAAUCUACAAUGUUGGCACUGGAAAGGGUAGUUCAGUGAAGGAGUUUGUUGAAGCUUGUAAAAAGGCUACUGGGGUGAACAUUAAAGUAGAGUUUCUUCCUCGUCGUCCCGGUGAUUACGCCGAGGUGUAUAGUGACCCAACAAAGAUCAACCGUGAACUAAAAUGGUCUGCGCAACGCACUAAUCUUGAAGAGAGUUUACGGACAGCAUGGAGAUGGCAGAAAUCUCAUCACGAUGGAUAUGGGAUUCCAAAUGUAUAUUGAAUUAUUCAGAAUCUUAACAUAGCAGAAGAUUAGAAGCAAUCCUAGCAGCAGCAUCCAUGUUAUAGCUGCACUUAUAUUUGCUAUAUUAGGUAUUAGAAGAGAGGGUUGAUAUAUUUUUGUUCUUCUUGCACUCAGUGAUUGGUAUUGGGUAAUUUGUUUCUUAGGGAGUUACUAGUCGAUUCAUCAUAUGUAUUAUUGACCAUAUAAUAUGAUUCAAUAAUAUAAUGCCGAGGCUCUGGUAUGCCUUUUCUCUAA